AUGAAAAUAGUUAUAGAAAAAACGCAGGGAAGCUAUCUAUCUAUCUAUCUAUCUAUGUGUGUUCCUGUCUAUCCCAGCCUGCUCAUAUCUAUCUAUCUUUCUAUCUCAGUCUGUUCCUAUAUAUCUCAGCCUACUCGUAUCUAUCUAUCUAUCUAUCUAUCUAUCUAUCUAUCUAUCUUUCCCAGUCUAUUCACAUCUAUCUAUCUAGCCCAGAUGGCUUUUAAGUUAAUCUAUAUAUAUAUAUAUAUCCCCGUCUAUUCACAUCUAUCUAUCUAUCUAUCUAUCUAUCUAUCUAUCUAUCUAUCUAUCUCAGUCUAUUCCUAUCUAUCUCAGUCUUUUCUUAUCUAUCUAUCUCAAUGUGUUCAUAUCUCUGUAUCUCAAUCUGUUCAUAUCUAUCUAUCUAUCUAUCUAUCUGUCUGUCUGUCUGUCUGUCUGUUUAUCUAUCUCAGUCUCUUCUUAUCUAUCUAUCUAUCUAUCUAUCUAUCUAUCUCAUUGUGUUCAUAUUUCUCUAUCUCAAUCUGUUCAUAUCUAUCUAUCUAUCAUCUAUCUCAGUCUCUUCAUAUCUAUCUAUCUCUGUUCAUAUCUAUCUAUCUAUCUAUCUAUCUCAGUCUCUUCCUAUCUAUCUAUCUAUCUAUCUAUCUAAGCUGCUCUGAACGUGCGUGUCUCUUAAACUUCGAUAUCUAUCCUGAUACAUGA